AUGUUGGGAGAGAAUGAAGAUGACGACAUCUCCUACCCUACACACAGGGACAUGCCCGGCUUCUCAGCACCAUAUUACAAGAAGAUCAGUGUGUUGAGGUUUAAGUCGCCCCGACAGAGCAACACUCAUUCAUCUUCGGUUGGCGACGGCUGA